AUGAUUGAAAUAGAUUAAUGUAAAUCUAACGUUUCUUAAACUGAUUAAUUCUUAAUAGAAAACUAUAAAAAAUGCUCUAUUCAUAAAAAAAAAUAGCUAAUAAUGGUAAGGAUAGAUGAAGAGUAGGAGUAACACUAGCUUGAGUGUGUUUUUUGUGUAUGUUAGUAAUAAUAGAGAAAACUAUAUUUACCUCUUGAACAUAUUAUUGAUAGUAAUGAUAAAACCAUUUUUAAAAGCUGGCCUAUUUUUGAUGAUUCUUAAAUUUACGAGAGUCUUUUAGAAAUUUCUUUAAGAGAGAAUUUUUUGGAAGAAAAUUUAAAAAAAGUAAAGAUCUUUUUCAAGGAUUUUAAAUCCCAUAUAAUGAUGCUUUUAGAACAAAAAGAGAGUGAAAUAUUAAAAGAUGUUGAAUAAAAAUCAGAAGAAAAUAUCAAUGUUUUGCAAGAGUAUAAUACUAUAUCUCAAAAGGAAAAACUUAAAGAUAUUAUUUUAAAUCAUUACAAAGAUUUAGAUUAGCAAGAUAGAAUGCUUAAAGAAAUUAUAAGAGAGAAUAAAUUAAAUUAAGAGAGAAAUUAUACCAAAUUAUUAGAUCUAAUUAAUAUCUAAAGUCAAUUUAAAGUAGAUUUAUCUCCUUAUAAACAAAUCAAACAAAGUAUUAUAGAUAUAAUAAAAAGUAUAAAUUCAAAUCAGGAUAUUUAAAAUGUUUAAAGUAUACAACAAGCAAUUUUGCCAAAUGUAAAUUAGGUUAAUGAAAUUGUUAAUUAAUCAAGAUUAAAUAGCAUAUAAGAAAUAAAUGAAGCUAAUUAACAAAUAAUUACACAAUUUGAAACAGAUAUUGUUAAGGUGACUAAAAUUAGUGACUUUGAAAACUGUAAAAACUUCAAAAAUGUAGAAAUUGACUUUAAGAAAAGUUAAAUAUCAAGUGAAGGAAUUUAAUAAAUUUCAAGUGCCAUAAAAAAUCUAAACGACCUAAAAGAUUUGAAACUUUUUUUAAAAGCUAACAAUAUUAAUGAUUUAUAAUUGAGAGAAAUUGGGAAAUCUCUUGAAAUUCAUUAAAAUUUAGAGAAAUUAGAACUUGAUUUGAGUUCAAAUUGUAUUAAGACAGAUGGAGCUAUAUCUGUUGCAAAUGUGAUUUCUAAAUGUGUAAACCUAUCUAAUUUGGCCAUAAAUUUGAAUGAAAAUAGUAUAAGAAAUCAAGGGGCUAACUAUAUUUCAAAUGUUUUACCUAAUUGUUUAAAACUUAAUUAACUUAAACUUUAGUUAGAAAAAAAUUGCAUCGAUUCUGAUGGAGCUGAGAACAUAGUCAAAGCAAUAAAAAAUUAGAAUAGAAUUACACAUUUAAAUCUUAACUUUAAUGAUAAUAAUAUUUGCAAUCAAGGAGCCACGAUUAUUUCGAAUGCAUUAGAAUAAUUCUAAAAUAUUUGUUAGUUAAAGAUAGCAUUAGAAAAAAAUCGUAUUAAUUCUGAGGGAGCAGAGAAAAUCGUAAAUGGAAUUAAAAACUGUAAUAACAUAACAUAUUUGAGUCUUAGUUUUAAUUAAAAUCAAAUCGGAAACUAAGGAGCAAUAGCGAUUUCAAAUGUAAUAUAAUAAUGCUUAAACAUAGUGAAGUUAAAAAUUCAGUUAGAAAGUAAUUCAAUUAAUGCUGAGGGUGCUAAAAAUAUUGCUACUGCAAUAGAAAAAUGUCAAAAUAUUACAAAUUUAGCGAUUAACUUAGGAGAAAAUUUAAUUGGAUUUGAAGGAGCUAAAUCAAUAUCAAGCAGUUUAGAAAAAUGCCUUAAAAUUACACAUCUCAACCUAAAUUUAUAUAGGAAUUCAAUAGGCACAGAAGGAGCUAAAAAUUUAUCAAAUGCUUUGUAAUAAUGUCGAGCUUUAACUAAAUUGAAUCUUAACUUAUAUAGUAAUUCAAUUGGUUAUGAAGGAGCGAAUAGCAUAGCUACUUUAUUAGUGAAAUCCUCAAACAUUUAAGAUUUAAGUCUCAAUUUAUGCUGGAAUUCAAUUCUUGUUUAUGGUGCUAAAGCUAUUGCUAGUGCUUUAUAAAAGUGCUAAAAUAUUUUAAAGUUGAAUCUUGAUUUAUCUGAAAAUUCAAUUGGCUUAGAAGGAGCUUAAGUUUUAGCAUGCUCUUUAUAAAAAUGUUAUAAACUUGAUUUUUUGAGUCUUAACUUAGCAUACAGUUAAAUAGGCGUUGAAGGAACUAAGAGUUUAGCUGCUGCUUUAGAAAUGUACCAAAAUGUUACUCAGUUUAGUCUUAGCAUUGGUGAAAACUCUAUUGGUACAGAAGGAGCUAAAAGCAUCUCAAAAAUCUUUUAAAAGUGUGAGAAAAUUACUGAUUUAAGUCUUAAUUUAUACAAGAACUCUAUUGGUGCUGAAGGAGUUAAGAGUAUUGCACUUGCCUUAGAAAAUUGCUAAAAUAUUAGUAAUUUAAAUCUCAAUUUAUGUAAAAAUUCUAUUGGUAUUGAAGGGGCUAAAAGUACUGCUCUAGCUUUACAAAAGCUUAAAAAUAUAACUGACUUAAAUCUUAAUUUAAGCUGGAAUGAUAUUUAUUUUGAAGGGGCUAAAAGUAUUGCUGAUGCUUUAGAAAUUCACUAAAAUUUUACUAAUUUGAAUCUUAAUUUAUAUAAUAACUCUAUUGGUAUUUAAGGAGCUAAGAGUAUUGCAUUAGCUUUAGAAAAGUGUCAAAAUAUAUCAGUUUUAAAUUUUAAUAUUGGACAAAAUUAAAUUGGUGCUGAAGGAGCUAAUUGCAUAGCACGAACUUUAGAAUAGUAUAAAAAUAUUACAGAUUUAAACCUAAAUAUAGUAAGCAACAAUAUUGGAGUAAAUGGUGCUUAGAGCAUAGCAUUAGCUUUAGAAAAAUGCCAAAGCAUUAUUUAUUUAAGUCUUAAUAUUGGAAAAAAUUAAAUUGGUGUUGAAGGAACGAAGAGUAUUGCUAAUGUUUUAAAAAAUAAUCAAAACAUUAUAAAUUUGGUUCUUAAUUUAUGUGAAAAUUAAAUUGAUGUUGAAGGAGCUAAAAGUAUUGCAAGUGUUUUAGAAAAAUGCUAAAAUAUUCGAUAAUUAUAUCUUAAUUUAUAGUUUAAUUUGAUAGGAGCUGAAGGAGCCAUGAGCAUUACAAAAGCUUUGGAAAAAUGUUAAAAUAUAUCACAAUUAAAUCUUGAUUUAUAAUGA